UAGAUAGAUAGAUAUAUACGUGUGUCAGUGACGAUAAAUCAGCCGCUUAAUCAAUCUCACGUGCCAGCGCGCAGUUGACCUUUCGCCUUUGGCCCGGCGCCGGCGGCUUUAGUUACCGUUACAGUUACCGCUACAGUUACCGUUACCGCUACCAGUUACCGUUACAGUUACAGUGUUUUACAGCUUUGGUGAUUAAGUAUACGCCAGGGCUACGGCGGAAACGGAAGUCUAAAGUUGCUGCUGGCGGAAGCUUAAGCUGUUUGCCAGUGCUGCCAAUGAGCUGAAAAACAAAUUGAUAGCGGAAGUGAGAACAGCCCCAGCCCCAGCUCCAGCUCCAGCUCCAGCUCCAGCUCAAGUGCAUAUAUAUAUACCUGGAUAAUGCCGAAAUUCAAGUUGAAGUUCAAUUCUAGAAUUUAGACACAAAAAGCGAAAGCAAAUUGAGAUUUUUACAGCGCUAACAAGAGAUCAACUUGUACAACUUAUUUAACUGCGAGCGAUUUGUAAACCGGAAGUAGCCAAACAUCGCAGCACCAGUAAAAGAAGAAGAAGACAAACAGAAAAUGGCGGAUCUGGAACGCAUACGACUCGUGCUGCUGGGCGGCGCGGGCGUCGGCAAGAGCUCGAUUGUGAAGCGUUUCCUAUUCAAGAGCUACACGGACAAAUACCGCGCCACCGUCGAGGAUCUCUACAAUCGCGAAUAUGACCUCGGCGGCGUCACGCUAAAGGUGGACAUUUUGGACACAUCCGGCGACAUGCAAUUCCCCGCGAUGCGACGCCUCUCCAUUGCAACGGCGCACGCCUUCAUGCUGGUCUAUGCAACAACAUCGGCGCCCAGCUUUCAGUGUGUCAAGCAAUGCUUCGAGGAGAUUCGCGAGCAGCGCGCCGACUUUCAGGAUAUACCCAUUGUUAUUGCCGGCAACAAGGCCGACUUGGCGACCACCCACCGGGAGGUGCGGCAGGAGGAGGUCACAGAUUGGGUCUUUUGCGAAUUGCCACGCCUCAGGGCCAAGGUGGUCGAGUGCUCGGCCAAGGAGGACACCAACGUGACCGAACUGUUCAAGACAUUGCUCUCCCUGUCCCGCUUCCUGCCUGCGAGCAGCAGCAGCGUCGGCCCGGGCGGACCGGGCGCCGCCAGCGUCGAGCCGGCGCCCAGCGGCUUUAAGCGCCGCUCCUCGGCCUACGUCAGCGCAUCGUCCAGUCGCAACAAAAACCGCAUGAACAGCCCCUCGGUGAGCGGCGACAAGAAGUCGAGUCUCGUGGAUGCCGUCGAUGUGGCCAGCACCAGCGCCGAGGCCAAACUGAAGCCGCGUUCCAGAUCGCUCAUACGCCGUGCAUCACGCAAGACCAAGCAGCAAAUCAACAACGCAUCCGACGACUGUAAUUUGCAGUAAAUUGCCAAAAAAAAAAACUGUGGACGGUAAUUUUUAAUUUAAUAAUAAUAAAAAUAAUAAUUAU